UUCAGUUCAUUUUCGUGGCAUAUAAGAUUGUUGUUAUUAUUGCCCCUUAUCGAAAUAGAGAAAAGUGAAAGAAAGUUGUCUUGUGCCUUAUUUUUAUCUACACUAUGUCCGCCAAAAUAUUGGCACCAACAACAGAUGUUGACGAAGCUGGCAAAAACUCGGCUGGCAACGAAAAUAACUCUACUGAUGAUGAUAAGAGUGCCUCUAUAAUUGCAACAAUGUCAGGCAAUAGCAACGGUAACAAUAAUAAUAAUCGUGAAUUUGUUGAAGGUUGGACUUUGGCUCAAACAUUAGGCGAAGGUGCUUAUGGGGAAGUAAAAUUGUUGAUUAACCGUCAAACCGGUGAAGCUGUUGCUAUGAAAAUGGUCGAUUUAAAAAAGCAUUCGGAUGCUGUAUUAUCCGUUCGUAAAGAAAUAUGCAUACAAAGAAUGUUACAGGACCAACACAUUCUCCGAUUUUACGGUAAUCGUUCAAGUGGACACAUUGAAUAUAUAUUCCUGGAAUAUGCAGCCGGUGGUGAAUUAUUCGAUCGUAUCGAACCCGAUAUUGGUAUGCCCCAGCAUGAGGCACAACGCUAUUUUACGCAACUCUUAUCCGGUCUACAGUAUUUGCAUCAACGCGGCAUAGCUCAUAGGGAUCUCAAACCCGAAAAUCUUUUAUUGGACGAACACGAUAAUAUCAAAAUAUCUGACUUUGGAAUGGCUACCAUGUUUAGAUGUAAAGGUAAAGAGCGGCUUUUAGACAAUCGUUGCGGUACUUUGCCUUAUGUGGCACCCGAAGUGCUGCUUAAACCCUAUCAUGCACAACCUGCUGAUAUAUGGUCUUGUGGAGUUAUCUUGGUAACCAUGCUGGCUGGCGAGUUACCUUGGGAUCAACCAUCGUCUGGCUGUACGGAGUUUACCAAUUGGAAGGACAAUGAUCGUUGGUCCACUCAAACGCCGUGGAGUAAAUUGGAUACAUUGGUUACAUCGUUGCUACGGAAAGUGUUGGCUAUAAAUCCCACCUAUCGCAUGAAUUUAGAGAAAAUAUUUGAACAUAAAUGGUGUAAAAUGCAGCUUAGGAAUAACGAUCGGUCACGAGAUUUGGUCGAUUCAGCUGCUGCCUUAGAGAUUUGCUCUCCGAAAGCGAAACGUCAACGACAAUUAUCGAAUUAUCACAGUUGUCAUAAUAUCGAUGAUUCGAUAACGCGUAACUACUGCUCGCAACCAUUGCCAGUGAUCAGCGGUCAUGUGUUCAAACCUCCAGAUGAUCCUCAAGAACAUCGUUUAAAUUUCUGUUUCUCCCAGCCUGCCAUGCUAGAUGAUCUAUUACUUUGCACGCAAAUGAAUCAAACUCAGUCCGCCUCGCAAAAUGUCUUCCAACGUCUAGUGAGACGUAUGACACGCUUCUUUGUAACCACGCAUUAUGCGGAGACCGUUAAAUGCCUAACGGCCACCAUUGAACGUUUGGGUUAUACAUGCAAGCUCAGUGAAGACAAUAUGACGGUAACAAUUUCCACCAUAGAUAGACGUAAAUUACGCUUACUUUUCAAAGCUUAUAUUAUCGAAAUGGACGGUAAAAUUUUACUAGACUUUCGCCUAUCGAAAGGCUGCGGGUUAGAGUUUAAGAGACGUUUCAUUAAAAUUAAAGAACACAUGGCCGAUGUUGUUCUAAGGGGUCCAGUUACUUGGCCCAUCGCUAUUGCCACGAAUACUGUACCUUAGUAUUAAGUAUUUAAAAUAUAUGAAAUUAACUUUUAUAUUUUUUCCUUUAACUUUCAAAGAAUGUGAUUUUUUUUAUAGGUUCAUAAGUAUUAGUUUGAAAGUUUCCUUUAUAUUACUUUUGAUAUUUUGAUAUAUUAUUGGUUACUACUCUUGUGUCAAUUUAAUUUUUUUGAAUAAUCUAAUUACUUAUCAUUUUUUUUUUUUUUUCUCUUUCUCUUUAAUCAAAUAAUCGUUAAAUAUAUGUAACCGUUGGCGCUGAACAAAUAAAAUAAUUUCUUUAUAAAAAUUGA